AUGGACAACCUCCGGCAGGAAUCUUUCAAGCAGCUUCGAGCGCCAUGCAUCGAACUCAGCUCUGUAGGCCUUCGUUUCAGAGGAAAUCAAGCUUCCGCCGCCGAUGUAUCCCGAGUCCUUGAGCCGGUGCACAGCUGUUUAAAGGAACUUGCAGCAAACAAUACCCUCGACGAAAAGCUAGCUGAAUAUGCAUUCUUUCCUUUGUCGCAUAUCUUUAAUGAGACACAAAGACUACCCGCACAGUGCUUGGAGUCUGCCAUCCACUGUUUGCGGAUACUAGUCGCUGAUGGAUGGCGGCAACGGCUGUCUCCUGUAAUGGGCAAGCAACUCAUAAUUUUGUUGACGUUGAUCGUUGGGGGAUCUCCAAACAAAGCCGAAGAAAAGCAACUACCGAAGCCUAAGGUUUCGGAAGAACUGUGUAUCUCUGGAUUUGACUGCCUCAGUGCUAUAUUCACUGUCUUGGAAGGAGAUAUUCCAGAACGGACAAUCUAUCACGAGAUCGGCACAGCGACGGUUGUCGAUCAAACAGUAUAUAUUCUGCUUGAGGGAAUUGUCGAUGAUAGAUCAGAUGAGCUUUGCCUGGCAGCUGCCAGGGCUUUGCAGGCACUUUAUGCUCGAGUCACAGACCGUGUGGUCCUUGCCAGCAUCAUGCCGCGAACUGUGUCAGCACUGGCUAAGGUUCUCAGACCAUCGACACAGACUCGCAGGUCAUACAAGCUCCUUCAGACUUCCUUGCAGAUUCUCAAAGAGCUUCUAAGAGCUGUUCUCAAUGACCGUGUUGCCUCGGAAGACUCCCCGCCCGCGCUAGGAAGCGAUAAGAUAGCUCUAGACGAAGCUUGGUUGAAGGCCACCGCAACACAAAUCAAGCUUGCGUUGGCUAAUGUUAUCAAGGUUCGCCGUCAUCAGAGGUCAGAGGUUCAGUCUGCCGUCCUAGACCUCUCCUUGAUGGUAAUCGAAGAGUGCCAGACCACCCUUUCAGAGUCUCUCCCUAUGAUGGUUGAAACGGUUGUUGUCCUAGCAGAUAAAGAGGACGAAGGAGUGAACGAAGCCUAUAAGAAUGUAACUCAUCUUGCCACAACAUAUCCUACAGUGUUAGAUUCUUUAAAAGAAUCGCUGCAUACGUGGCUUACUUCUUUCCCUCGAAUCAUGCAAGGCAAUGAUGAAACUGCUAAGCAGUGGGGGCUUCGUCAGAUCUCCACCGUCUUCCAGGUUCUGUCCCAAGUUCAAUCUGGGUCAGAUUUGCUCACCAGCGGUUUGGCAUCCGGCCUAUGUGAUAGUGUCGGCGCGGUUGUCAAACAAAACACCAAUGCUCUCCAGCCGUUGGCCUCGAUGGAUGCUGGCUUCAACUGGGAUGUGCUCAGCACUGAUGCUAGAUCUAAUGCGUUUUCACCCAUCAUUUUGGAACAUCAAAGUCAGCAACAAACUCUCAAUGAUCUACGGUCAAUGAUUACUAGAUUGAACUUGUCCGAGUCUGGAAAUGAGAUCACUCGAUCAAUUGUCAACCGUAUGCAUACGACAUCAAGUGAUUCUGUCAUUGCGCCUUUCUGGUUGGCAAUGACUUUCUUGCGGGACAGCACUACGGCAACAGCUAGCUUUGAUGAUUUCAUCUCCCUCGAUCAUGUUGAGGGGUCCGUCUCAUCAACUGACCGUGGCGGAAUGAUUGAAGAGUUGUAUUAUAUCUCAUUAAAUAUACUGAACGAACUGUCAGUUGAUGGAACGGGCGACUGGCGUACAUCAGCGCUCGCUCUAGAAUCGGUGGCUCUCCAAGCGCAACAACUCGGUGAGGCUUUCCGACCUGAACUCAUGGACGCGCUCUACCCAACUUUACAGCUGUUGGCAUCACAGAACCCUAAUCUUCAACGUCACGCCAUGACAUGCCUCAAUAUUUUGACCAAUGCGUGCAACUACCCAGACACGAGUACUAUGAUCAUUGAAAACGUGGAUUACCUGGUGAACUCGGUGGCCUUGAAACUUAAUACCUUCGACGUAUCACCUUAUCCACCGCAGGUCCUGUUUAUGAUGAUCAAGCUUUGUGGUGCCCGGUUGAUCCCUUACCUGGAUGAUCUCGUUGAUUCUGUAUUUGGUAUCCUGGAUCUAUACCAUGGGUAUCCCAAACUUGUUGAGAUGAUGUUCAAAACCCUUGCGGCAGUCGUCGAGGAAGGGGCGAAGAAACCGUCUUUACUCACAAUCGACGAAAGCAAAGAGGAUGGCUCUCACGAUACCCGGAAAUCUCAAUAUCAGAAUCUCUCAAUCUCAAGCAUCGCCGCAAACAUUGCCAGCCGCAAAGCCAAACGGCAUGCUGAAGAUGAACUAGCAGAUAGUGAUGGCAAGAUCCCCCAUCCCAAAAAGCCAUGGUCAGAAACAUACGAAAAGCCUCCUCCGGAGCCGUCCAUUGAAGAGCUUCUGGAUCAAGCCGAAUCGGACGAGCCUCCACUCCCACCCCCGAAGGAACCAGAAGACGCCGAGAAGCCACUCAACAAAACCCACGCCCUCCUACUCCACAUCGUCAAAUCCAUACCAUCCCACUUAACCUCACCAUCUCCGUAUCUCCGACGCUCUCUCCUCUCAAUCCUCAUCGAUGUCCUACCCGCCCUGUCCCAAAACGAAACCAGCUUCCUCCCUCUCAUCAACGAACUCUGGCCCACAGUAGCAAGCCGAAUAAUACUCCCCUCAUCACAAGCAAACGACACCUCCAAGUCCCUUAUCAACACCUCAUCCACAGAAUCAACUCGCAACCCUGAAACCCCAGACCACAAAGAAGAAACCUUCGUUACGGUAACAGCCUGCGAGGCCAUCGAAGCAAUGUGCAAAGGCGCAGGUGAUUUCAUGGCUACCCGUGUCGAAACCGAAUUCUCCCGCUGGGACCGGCUAUACCGUCGCGUGUGGGAGAAAGUGCGCGCUGACGCCGAGGCCGCGAACGAGCGCCGUGCCAAGUCUCAGGCUCCGACCAUUGCUGGAUCAGGAGAUAUGGCGUUCACUCUACAAUUCGCCCUCUCUUCGUCCCUUUCGCUCUCGCCCUCAACGCCAGGGUCGAGAUUCUUCACACCCCACCAUCGUCUGUGGCGUGCGUUGAUCUCCCUCUUUAUUACGGUUCUCUCGCAUGUCCGGUUGCCUUUGGAAGUGGGUGAUAGAAUUUGCGAGAUGCUUGGUGGUUGGAUUGCGCUGUUUGUCGGGCCCGAAUAUUAUUUCAUUUCUUCAAGGGCCUCUUUGUCUGUGAAUGAUGUUGCAGCUGGUGAAGGCAUGGUUUCUGUUGAGGAUGCGAUUCGAGCGAUGGAGGCUUGGAACGUGGAUUUAACAUGGUUUGUUUUUAUGCGACAUCGCGUGAGAGCGGAUGUGGUUACUACAUUUACUACAGGCAAUGCUGGGAACUAUGGCGGUGCUACUAAUCUCCCUUUCAAUGGCGAUGGGGAGCAGGUUAGACUUGCUGAAGUGGUGUUCUAG